UCUUUCUCUCUCUGCCAAUUGUGGUGUGUGUCUCUUUUCUCUCGAUGCUCUCUUAAUAAUAAGAAACCUUCUAUGACUCUCUCACUCACUCUCUUUCUCUCUCUAUCCUCCUCUUUCUCUCUCUUUCUCUCUUUGCCCUUGCCCUUAGGUUAUCCCAAAUUCCUAUUCCUCUCUCAAUCCUUAUUAUAAUUUUUAUUUUAAUUAACUUCGAUUAUCGGCCCAGCUUCAAGUUCUUCUUCUUUCUGUGGGACAGGCGUGGAGAAAUUUACUGGUUACUUAUGGAUGAAAGAUGUUCUUUAAAAGUGAACGAGGCAGUGUUUUGAUAUAUAUUUGUAUAGUGUUUUUUUGAAGAAUUAUUCUCAUUCCCAUGGCUGCUGAUCAGAAGAGAAAACGGGUAAAUGGUGCAAACAUUGUUGGUUAUGGUUCUAGAGAGCAACACAGGACCAAAAGAAAGAAUUUGGGAUUAGUUCAAAAUGAUUUAAACAUGAGACCUCACAUCUCUGUUGAGUGGGAUGGUAAUCAGAAAAGGGUUGUUGCUAAGCAGGAGCAGAUUGGCAUCGGUUGGAGACAAAUGAAACCAUUUGUUAAUUUUGUUUCUAAUGAUCACAAGGUCUUGGCAGAUGUGUUUACAGUGCCUCAAGAAAUCUUUGACUUGGAUAAUUUAAGUGAAGUGCUUUCGUAUGAGGUUUGGAAGACCCAUCUUUCAGAAAAUGAGAGAAACAUUCUCAUGGAUUUUCUCCCUAGUGGCUUUGAGCCACAUCAAGUUGUGGAAGAAUUACUUGAUGGGGCUAACUAUCAUUUUGGAAAUCCCUUUUUGAAAUGGGGUGCUUCACUUUGUUUAGGUGAUCUUCAUCCAGAUGUGAUUGUUGACCGAGAACAGCAUCUUAAGUCUGAGAAGAGAGCAUACUACUCACAGUUACAUAAUUAUCACAAUGAUAUGAUAGGAUUUCUAUCUAAGUUGAAGGAAAGGUGGCAAAGUUGCAAAGAUCCAGAAAAGGAGAUAGUGCAGAAGAUAUGGAGAUCAAAGAAUGUAGAGAAAAGAAUGCCCUCAAAAGUGAUUGAACCUAGAGUUUAUGAUCCUGAUGGGAAUGUUACAGGGUCAUCUGAGUCAUGCUCUUGGGAUGCAGAGGAGAAGGCAUGUAGUAGUGACAACCAAAUUUCCUCACUGAGAAAAGAUGAUAAACUUCAAAGAAGGGUUCUUGAAAAAGACAUUGUUAAAGGUAAAUCCAGACAUUUGAUGGUUUCUUCAAACGAUAUGCUUAAUGUGGCAGAAAAGCCCAAGAUAGGGGACAAACUACCCAAGCGUAACAUUCAUUCUACUGAUGGUGACAAAUACAUGUCAUGUAUCAAGAUUAGUAGGCAGCAGCAUGAACUUGUUAAGAAUAUGAAGCAGUCCGGUAAAAGCAUCCAAUCUAGAUCUCUUAACCGUGUUUUGGGUAAUCUUGAUAAAAUUCAUGUGCAACCAUAUGAAAUAUUUGUCAAAGAAGAACAGAAGAAGUUGCAAGAGCAUUGGUUACAAUUGGUGAACAAAGACCUCCCUGUGGCAUAUGCAAAUUGGACAGAGAGACAGAUACAGAGAGAUGGUGUGAGAAAUUCUUUGCUGGCAGAGAUGAAGGAUAAAUUAAAUCCAUUCAUUGAGGAAGAGGAUAAUGUGAACUCAGGAAGUGAGCUUCAGGAUCAGGAUGAGGAUAACAUAAGCUCAGGGGGUGAGCUUCAGGAUCAGGAUGAGGAUAACAUAAGCUCAGGGGGCGAGCUUCAGGAUCAGGAUGAAGAGGAUAACAUAAGCUCAGGAGGUGAGCUUAAGGAGCAGAAUGAGGAUAAUGUGAGCUCAGGAAGUGAACUUCAGGAUCGGGAUGGCGAUAAUGUGAGCUCAGGUGACGAGCUUCAGGAUCAGGUGGAAGAUGGAGGUCUGAAUGAUCAGUCUAACUUGAAAGAUGAUAAGGAUUCUAUUUCUAGGUCCCCAGAGAACCAGUCCCUGCACAAUUCUUAUGUUAGUGGUGAAUCUGGUGAUGAUGAGUUCAACCAAAUCAGUGUGGAUUCAGAAAAGAAUCUUGUUUUAUCAAAAUCAAAUAAUGCUUCCCCAAAUAAAAAUGAUGAGUAUACAAGGAAUAUUAACACUCAGGAUAUUUCUAUUGAUGAAGGAGCGCCUUUCACUUCUGGUGGUGAUGUCUGGCAAGCAGUUGAAAUGCCACAUUCAUACUAUGAUGCUGCUGUGACCAAUGAGUUCACAGCCAGUGGGCUAUCACUGGCUAAUCCUCAAGUCAGUGAAGAGCAGCCAACCCAUAUGAUUGAUCUUGAAUCUAAUUUGCGUCGAGAAGAAACAGGUAAAGAGUUGUUACGGAGGCAGUUAGAUGAUGGGACCUUCAGUUCUUACCAAAGUCAGGAUCGAAGUGUUUUACUUCCAUCUAUCUUCAAGGGAGAAGAGCUGCUACCUUAUCAUCAUGAACAGAAAGGAGCCCAGUUAGAUUUCCAGACUUCAAACAACGUUAUGAUUGGAAAUAGCCAAUUUUCCAGUCAUUUUAAGGAGCCCUUGCAGACAUCUCUGACGUUGGACCAGGGGCGAAGGAGAGCUAAUGAAGUAUACCUGCCAGAAAACAUGUCAGAGAAUAUUUAUUCUGAUGGAGGAAGGUACUUAAUCCCCAGGCAAGAUCCAUUAAUCCCCAGGCAAGAUCCAAUUGCUGCAGUAAACAUGACUGAUUGGGUUGCUAAUACUGCUCGGCUUGCAGCACCUUCCCAACCAAACUUAAAUACUGGAAAUUUUAUUGGUCAUCAUUGGUUCCCUCCUGACCAUCAAGUUCGUGGUGGCUGGAAUGGAUCUGAUGGCGGUAGUCUUUCAACUCAAAGUCUUGGCACUGGAGCAAACUCUGAUCAGAGUUUAUUUAGUAUUCUGUCAGAGUGUAGCCAAUUACGUUCAGGUAGUACCUAUGAUUCAGUUAGAAAUACUGACCAAUUUCUUGCACCCAGAACUUAUGGAGUAGUAGAUGCAGGUACACCAAGGGUGAACGCCGUUGUACCGCAGUCUUCUCAUCCAUUAGAUUACUUCACCGGACGUGAAGCACCUAGUGGUCUGGUACCUGAUGAUAUGACAUGGAUGAGCAUGCCGCAUCAGAAUUCUGCAUUACAUGAUCAAUUGGGAAAGCCAUACUUAAGGUCAUGGAACCGUUAAUGAAUAUUUUACUCAGUUAGCGAGAUAUAGUUCAGAGCUCGACUGCAAGACAGUGAGAAGAAAUGCAUAUUUGUCCAUGUGAUAGUAUUUUGUGACUAGAGCAAUCACAGAAGCUGGGGUAUGUAUCCCCUGAGAUGAGAUAGGUUUCUGUACAUACCUAUACCGAGGCCAACUCAACACCAUGUACAUAUCUAGAUAUUUAGAGGCGCAGGAAAGAAACCAAGGAGUUAAGAUAAGCUUCAAGAAUUUAAGGUUAUUAGGCAAGUUACAUAUUUUAUUCUUAUUUUUUAUUUCUUUUCCUUUGCUUCUUCUAGAGAGACAUUCUUUAAAUAAUUUUGGAAGGUAAGAAAUGCUGGAGGCUGGUGCCUCUUUUUGAGUUAUCUUUAUUUUGGGUUCGUUUUUCAUAACUUCGACGUAUGUUUAUAAUGCUAAAAAUCAUAUGGACUUCAGUGGGAAUAAUCAGAAUCACUGUGAAAACAGCAACCAAGGGAAAUUCUCGCACGUGGGCCAUAGUCUUGUACUGUUAACAUCAUCUGGAGAUGAGCAUAUUAGGCUUGCUCGAGUCUAUAGGACACCAAAGCCCGAUCAGAAUGAAUGUGACUAUUUGGUUUGCCAAAAUUGAGGCAACGUUGCCUUUAGGCUUUUGGCAACAGAAUUUUCUUAUGUUUCCUAAAGAUCUUAAAUAUAUAAUGUUAAAUUUU